AUGCGUCUGCUCUCGCCGUUACUAUUGGCAGCUGUCGUCCCCGUCCCCCUGACGACAGCAAUGCCAUGGCUACCCAUCGACCCCACCGACCCACUCACACUCGAAUACCCACAUUCACACGGCACACGUCAAUCGCUCGACCUCAACGACCCUGCUAUCACCGUCACUGACUAUCUCACCUACAACCAAUCGUUCUCGGAACAAGCUGUCUACGAUGCACUCGAUCUCGAUAACGGCGAUGGUACAGGUGACCCCGAUCUUCCUGGUUGGAUCGAUCCAGGCGAAUAUGGCGGAUCUAUGCUCGAUCUGGUUGGAAAUGGACUUCGCGAGCCCAUCAACGUGAUCAUCAGUGGUAAAUCUGACAAGCAUGUUUUGUCCGACUUGGGGCUGAAAGAUUACAUCAGGACCAUCGGGUUUUCGUUCGAAUGUCUGAACCUUCAUAUGGGUAACCUGCAAAGGGCUGAUUUGGGUGAUGGAAAAGGGUGGGUUCCAGAGAUGUUUGAGUAUCGCGAAACAGGUUUCCCUGGUGCACCCGGUCGCUGGGUCGGCGCCUGUUGGGAAUCUCUUUACGGCGGUAAUCAUUUCAGAGUGUGGAAACAGAAUGGUACAAUGGCAAAUACCGGUGCUUGGUUCCUUGCCGUUUCCAAGGAGAAGAACCUGAAGUACCACCAUACCAUCGACAAAGAUGGCUACAACGUCGGGAGAGACUUGCUUGUUGCAGCAGCAGAGAAGGGCGGCAAGUGGAACAACGUGUACUAUAAAGCGGAGAUCGAGUGGGUAGAUGGAUUGUCACAGGCAGGAAGACAUGGUAUCAAUCAUAAUAUUGGACAGGAUGGUAGGACGGCAGUGUUGACAGUGAAGAAGGUGGAUGCUUUGUCGAGAGGGUUCUUCUUUUGGGGUCUGGAGGCGUUAGCGAGUUGGCUUGCUGAGAGAGUUGCUUUUCAUGUUGCGAGGUUCUUGCAGCAGUUGGGAAUCCUCUAG